GAAGGCCACACCCCACACACGCGCAAGCACACCAAGACCUCUUCUUCCUCCUCCACCUCCUCUGCUUGCGCGCGCGAGAUCCCGGGGGGGCAAUGGCGGGGACGGUGACGGUGCCCUCGGCGUCGGUGCCAUCGACGCCGCUGCUGAAGGACGAGCUGGACAUCGUCAUCCCGACGAUCCGCAACCUGGACUUCCUGGAGAUGUGGCGGCCCUUCUUCCAGCCCUACCACCUCAUCAUCGUGCAGGACGGGGACCCGGCCAAGACCAUCCGCGUCCCCGAGGGCUUCGACUACGAGCUCUACAACCGCAACGACAUCAACCGCAUCCUCGGCCCCAAGGCCUCCUGCAUCUCCUUCAAGGACUCCGCCUGCCGCUGCUUCGGCUACAUGGUCUCCAAGAAGAAGUACGUCUUCACCAUCGACGACGACUGCUUCGUUGCCAAGGACCCAUCUGGCAAGGAUAUCAAUGCUCUUGAGCAGCACAUCAAGAACCUCCUCAGUCCAUCCACCCCAUUCUUCUUCAACACCCUGUACGAUCCCUACCGCGAAGGUGCCGACUUUGUCCGUGGGUACCCCUUCAGCCUCAGGGAGGGUGCCAAGACUGCUGUCUCUCACGGCCUGUGGCUUAACAUCCCUGACUAUGAUGCUCCUACCCAGAUGGUCAAGCCUCGUGAGAGGAACACCAGGUAUGUUGAUGCUGUCAUGACUGUGCCCAAGGGAACCUUGUUCCCCAUGUGUGGCAUGAACCUUGCUUUCGACCGUGAGCUCAUCGGUCCUGCAAUGUACUUUGGCCUCAUGGGUGAUGGCCAGCCUAUUGGUCGCUACGACGACAUGUGGGCUGGAUGGUGCAUGAAGGUCAUCUGUGACCACCUGAGCCUGGGAGUGAAGACUGGCCUGCCAUACAUCUGGCACAGCAAGGCUAGCAACCCCUUCGUCAACUUGAAAAAGGAAUACAAGGGCAUCUUCUGGCAGGAGGAGAUCAUCCCCUUCUUCCAGAAGGCCACCAUCCCCAAGGAGUGCGACACUGUCCAGAAGUGCUACCUCUCCCUUGCAGAGCAGGUCAAGGCGGAACUUGGCAAGGUCGACCCCUACUUUGUUAAGCUCGCUGAUGCCAUGGUCACCUGGAUUGAGGCCUGGGAUGAGCUGAACCCCUCGGCUGCUGCUGUCGAGAACGGCAAGGCCAAGUAGAUUGAUCCUGGGAGCUUGUAUCCCAUGAUGGAAUUACCCUUUUAAGUGAACAAGUGUUGCUGUGGCCUAGGCCCCCCCUAGAUAUAGCUCUUUUUGAGAAGGGAGAGAUUACUUAAGCAACUUUAUAAUUCUUUGUUAUGCUGGUUCUUUUGUAGCUGGAAAAGGAUUUGUUAUCAUCAUUUACAUAAUUCAGACAAUAAUAAUUUUAUCAUGUAAUUUUUAUAGUCGAGCUUGGUUGCUAAA